UGCCUCACCACUUUGAUACACGUGGUCAUGUGUCGUGUCUUCACGUGGAAGGUGUGAAUUAAUGUCGUCGGUCAUUCUUUCCUGCCAUGGAAUAUGCCACGUCAUCAAUAAUGAACGACCUCAACGACGUCCUUCACGGCGAGGAGAGACAUGACAACGAGGUCGAACAUUGGACAUUCACAGUCUCUACUCUCCAGCCCACAAUUUAUAGGGAUUCAAACACAUGAUCCCAAUCACAUGCCCUUCUGGUCUUCAUAUGCACCAGUGAUAGUCUGGCUGUUACGACCAGUAUGAUCCAAAGCUGGCACAACACUCUAUCGACCUACCAUGCACAGAUUGUGACGACACGAAGGCGAAUUCAGUCUGACACAAUACCCCAUCGACUCACCACGCACAUGGUAUGAUAAUCUGGAUAUAAAUAUGAGUCACUCCGUCUGCAAAGAAUUAUCUACAAAUAUAUCUUUCAUCUUUCCUGUUCCUCCUUGGUCCACGAUCUCGACCUCAACCCAAGCCCUCAAGUGCCUAUCAAGAUAUUGAAAGCUUGCUGGUGAACAAUUUCAUCAUCCUUGUCCUCUAUCACACCGCUCAGCUUUCCCACGGUCUCAGAUUGACUUCGAACAAGUUCAUCAUUCUUGUUCUCUAUCACACCGCUCAACUUUCCCGCGUUCUCAGAUCAACUUGCAAAAUGGAUUAUGUCGAUGACCAUAGUUACUCCAUACCCGAGGUCAGAGUCGGGGUCGAUGCCGUCUUGGCUGCGAUGCGAAGCUCUCGCAAUCCGGAUCCAACAAAAGUCUUGAUCAGUGUCAAGAGCAGACCGCGUGAACGGACCAUAUACGACGAGCCGAACCAGCUGAUUACCUUCCAUGUCCCGCGACACCUCCUUACCAAACAUUCCAAGUUUUUCCAUGCACGACUCAGAACCACUGAUGCUCAAGCCCGCGACUUCACCAUAGAUCUCAACACAUAUUGUGGCAGUUUCCAGGUGUUCCUUGUCUGGCUCCUGUAUCGGGAACGGAUCUGUGUCAGGAAAUGCCAAAGAGGUUCAACCUACUAUGAAGUGGACAAGGAGCUAGGUCCAACUCCAACUGACUAUGAAAUGAACGGGUGGAUGCAUGACUUCUACCUGGACGAGCAAUAUGAGGGGCACCUUCCCGAAUUGUGGGCUCUGGUUAUGAAGCUUGAGUGCAGGGCUUUCCAAAACCAUAUCAUGACCACCAUGUAUAUCUUCUUGGAUCUCGAGCCAAGUGAACCACAACUGCUAGACGUCAUAGCAGGCUUUGUCGCACAUCCGUUCAACCUAAAGGAUUCGCUGGCUUGCAACAUGAUCAUCGACAUGCUAGCCUCAUGGGGUCCGCGAGGCGGCGACUGGGCAGGAUACUUGGCUGCCGAGAAUCUUCAGGCAGACUGGAUGACGGAGCAACCUGAGGUAUUUGACAGGCUUGUACGACGAACCUACUGGGUGCACGCAAUUGGCUCCACCAUCAAGAUUGACCCCAGUUUCUGCCACCGAUGGCAUUUUCAUGAUUCUGAGGACGAGAUUGAACAAUGUGGAACAUUCCCUAACAAUGGUUACCCUCUCCAGGAGGUAAUGGAGGGGAUCGAAAAAGCAAAGGCGAUACGAGCUAUUUUUGAGACAUCGGUCCGCGAGAUGACUGUUACGUUUUCGUCCAACGCAUGAUAUCAGGUGAGGGUGGCAGGUGCUUUUCUGGAGGACCGCGGGAAGUUCCAAUUUAAGCAUUUUGGGGCAAAUAGGAGCGCUGGACAGAGAGAUUUGUUUCAGGACUCUCCUAUUACAUGGUUACAGACUGCGUUUGCAUUAGACUUUGGAUGAACAUUCACAAAAACAAGUCUUUGAUUGUGAUGAGAGAUCAAGGCCAGCUAGGUUUCAAGUGCCAUCAUUCACGAGAGAAUGACCAAUCAAUCUCUGAUAGAUAAUCAUAUCAUGUCC